AUGGUCCUGCUGAUACUGCCCAGCUAUGAAUCGUUGCCGCCCAAUUACUCUCUCACGGCGAACAUGCUUGCGGGCGCGUUCGCCGGCAUCGCCGAGCAUUCGGUGAUGUAUCCCAUUGACCUGCUCAAGACUCGCAUGCAAGUCGCCAACCCUUCGCCGACGGCGGUAUAUACGGGCAUCUCCAAUGCCAUGAUCACAAUAACGAGGCUCGAAGGCUUCAGGACUCUCUGGCGUGGCGUUUCAAGUGUGGUUCUGGGGGCAGGACCCGCACACGCCGUGUACUUCGCGACAUACGAGGCCGUCAAGCACGCGGCUGGAGGAAACGAGGGUGGGAAGCACGAGCAUCAUCCUUUUGCUGCUGCUCUUAGCGGCGCGUGUGCGACGAUUGCUAGCGAUGCGUUGAUGAACCCUUUUGACGUCAUCAAGCAGCGCAUGCAGCUCCAGGGCUCGACGUACAAAUCGCUAUCGCACUGUGCGAGAUCGGUGCUGCGGCACGAAGGCGUUGGGGCCUUCUACGUCUCCUACCCGACCACGCUAUGCAUGACAGUGCCAUUCACGGCGCUGCAGUUUGUCGCCUACGAGUCGUUGUCCAAGACAAUGAACCCCACGGGCCGAUGGGACCCGUACACACACUGCACGGCCGGAGGCCUGGCGGGUGGUCUGGCGGCCGGUGUCACGACGCCGCUCGACGUGAUCAAGACGCUGUUGCAGACUCGCGGCUCGGCAACUGACCCCGAACUUCGGAACGUCAGGGGCCUGUGGCACGCGGCCACCAUCAUCAAGCGGCGCGAGGGCCUGCGUGGCUUCUUCAAGGGUCUGAAGCCCCGGAUAGUAACUACGAUGCCGAGCACGGCUAUCUGCUGGACUGCAUACGAGAUGGCGAAGGCAUUUUUCAUUGCGCAGAACGAGGAGUAG